AUGGCGAAGAAGCCCUGCGACGCGUCUAUGGCAUCGUACUGCUCUGCGCAGCCUAACGGCGUCGGUGGGGGACUAGUUGAGGAGGUCUGGGAGCUUGUUGAGAGAACUUCGUCCUGGCGGACGGCGGCACCGGAUAAGAAGAGCUUCGGUCCAAACAGUACUCGUGUCGUAAGCCUCGCGCGAGACGCUGCCCUUGCACAUGAGCUGAAGUCGCUCUUGCAUACACUAUCGCCAGGCUCCAAGGCGAAGCUGCCAGACGAAUUUCAAGGAGGUCAACAUGAGCGCAGUCGAGUCGCAGCUGUACGAGCGGUCGAAGACGUGCAAGAAGGGGUUCAAAGCGAGAGCCGCGUAUCGGCGAUGGCGCUCGAGGAGGCUGAGGACAGCCGGGAGCUGUCAGAGCGCGCGCAGAAGGAGAAACGGAUGCCAGACAGACCGCUCAAGGAGGUCGGCUCGUUCGACUUGCCAGUAUCUGACGACAUGCCUUCGUGGCCGCCGGACGAGGAAAGCCAAAGUCUAGGCUAUUGUUGA